AUGUCUGACCACAACCUGCUGCUGUGCACUCUUGCUCCACCAGCUCACCCGGCGGCGGGCGGGGCCCCGCCCGCCCUUGGGGAGCCGGCGGCGCCCCGCCUCCGCUACACCGACGCCCGCCGCGAGGAAUUUGUGGCACAGUUGGAGGCGGCGCUUGCGUCGCCAUGCUGGGCGGAGGCGCCGGGCUCGGAGGCGGCGUCGGCAGUCGCGUCGGCGCUGCAAGCGGCGGCGAUUGCCGCGUUCGGCCGCCCACCGGCGCCAACCGCCGCUCCGCCGCUGGGCGAUGCGCGCCGCGACGCGCCCUGGUUCCGCCGUUGCCAGCGCGCGCACUUCAACCUGCAAGACGCGCUGCAUCGGCGCCUGGACCCCAGUGAGGUGCGGCGCUGGCGCAACGCGUUCAACGCUCAGAAACGGCGCGAGAUGCGGCGCCUGCGGGCGCGCCGCAACGACCACCUGCUUCGGGACCUGCGCGGUAGUCCUGGGCGCUUUUGGGGCGCCCUCAAGGCAAACGGGCGCGCUGCCGCGGGCGGCGGCUUCACGUUGGAGGAGAUUGGCGAGCACUGGUCAAAAGUGCUUGGGGGCGCGGGCCGCGGCGCUCUUGAGGAGGGCGCUGCAGCGGACCCUGUGGG